GCUGUUGCCUGCAACUGGCAUUCCAGCUCGGGAGAGCAGCUGCUGAGAAGCCACGCUCUGAGCGCCUUGCAGGGAGGCACGCAGGCAGGCAAGCAGGCGCGCGCUCCCUUCCCUGCCUUUCCCUUCCCUUAAAGACACAGGAGCGUUCAUGUUUGUUUGUUUUUUUGUUUUUUUGAUUGGUGGAAGACAAACUGAAGAACAUGUAAAACUAUUAUAAAAACGCCAUUUUUAUUUCAUUUUUUGUACUCCCCCUUUUUUUUUCCUUUUUGGAGGAACUUGGUUUCUUUUCUGUCUCUCUCUCUUUUUGGUCGCAUGAUCCAGUGCCAUGGCUUCCAAGCUCCUUCGGGCCGUGGUCUUGGGGCCCCCGGGAUCCGGGAAAGGCACAGUGUGUGAACGCAUUGCCAAGAGCUUCGGCCUCCAGCACCUUUCCAGCGGGCAGUUCCUCCGGGAGAACAUCCAGGCCAAGAGUGAUGUCGGUCUUCUGGCAAAGCAGUACCUUGAAAAAGGCCUUUUGGUACCAGAUCAUGUGUUCACGCGUGUAAUGAUGACAGAACUGGACAAAAUGCAGAGCCAGCCUUGGCUACUUGAUGGUUUCCCUAGGACAUUGGGACAAGCUGAAGCACUUGACAGGAUAUGUGAACUGGACCUAGUGAUAAGUUUGAACAUCCCAUUUGAGACUCUAAAAGACCGUCUCAGUGCUCGUUGGAUUCACCCUGGUAGUGGAAGAGUAUAUAAUAUGGAAUUCAAUCCACCUCAUGUGCAAGGGAUCGAUGAUGUUACUGGUGAGCCAUUAAUUCAGCGGGAAGAUGAUAAACCUGAAGCUGUUGCAGGCAGGCUAAGAAAAUACAAAGAUGCUGCAAAGCCUGUUAUAGAAUUGUACAAAAACAGAGGGAUCCUACACUCAUUUUCUGGAACAGAGACCAAUAAAAUCUGGCCUUACGUUUAUACUCUGGUGUCCAACAGGAUUCCACCAAUCCAUGCCGAAGAGGCAAACUAAGCAUCUCCAAAAGAGGAACAAGAACUGAUACAUUACAUUCUGGUUUGAUUUUGUUUCUGGUGUAAUCUGUCUGUUCUCUGCCCUUUUGAAAAGUAGCUGUUCUCAAUGGUGUUACGGAAGAAUAACUAUGGAAACAGCUUUGAAAGACCCUGUAUAUGUGCAUGGACUUCAAGUAAUUAUAAUUGAUUAUGCAGAGACAGAUAUGCCUUAGCAGGUCUGUCGAACCUGUUGUUUAUUCCAUCCCUCCUGUGCUUCUGUAUAAAAAAAGGUGCAAUUCAUGAAUGUUUGGAAAUGGUGACCUUGAUCUAAUCUUUCAUAUCAAUUUAAAAACAAACAUGCACUAUAAUAGAUGUAUUUGCAAUGCAACAAGCAUAAUGGAAAUGCAAUGAAUAAAUAAAUAGAGUAUGAUGAAUUAACAUCUGAGUUCACAGAGAAAACCAACAUACAAGAAUAUAUCUUACAAAAAUGCUGCUGGAUAACGAUAGAACUAUUCUUUUUAACUCUGUAUGGAAUUGAAAAAUAGUUGCACUACUUGCUUAAUAGAUUUAGAGCUUUAACAUUAUACAAUAUUACAAGCUGUCAGUAAAGGCCAAUGCAAUCUGCACAUUUUUGCACAUGCAGAAUUGUCCCUAUUGUCUCUUGGGCAAAUGAUUGUAUUUUGAAUCUGAUAAGGGUAAGUAGCAAAUUCCUUUGCUUAUAAAACUUAAGACUAUUGUUGCCACAGCUGUGGAACUCAAAUACUGUAGAAUUAUACACUUGAUUUGCAUAGUAGGUUUGUCAGUGUAAACAUGACCAAAUCCCCCUCCUCUGGAUCAUCCACUGGGCCACACCAAUGUGUUUGAGCAAGCUGAAAAUGAUGUGACAUUACUUCCAGUUUCUGUUUUUUUAGCCACUUUCUGCCAUUUUUUCAGGGUUUCAGGGAAACUACACUUAUGACCAAGUUUUUGGAUGAAAAAUCACCCCAAAUCCUAAAAUUUAGAAGGGAGGUCUUUGUCUGCAUUUAUGGGUCCCAAUCGCCACAUUCGACCAUGUCAGGAUAGUUCACAUGUGCAAAAAAAGCAUAAUUUGUACUGUGCCAAAGACUUCAUUCAAUAGGUUUGAUGUUUGCUUGGUUUCUAUUUGCCAGUGCAUUGAAUUUAUGAUUGGUAUCUUUGUUUCCUUCAUAACUGAGGGUUUUUUGUUGCAGAGUUUUCUUGAUUGUCUAGUUUGCAAGGUUUGGCUAGUUUCUUGUUCAUCCAAUAAUUAGUAAAGAAAGAGAAAUGUCAUUUGUUACCUCAUUGUGCCAUACAAACCUGUUCUGCUUUUCCUUGCCUUGCACAGUGUUUUGUAUUCUGUACUAGCAGCAGACAGAAACAAAAAAUACACAAGCAUUUUCUCUCUGAGUUUAAAAAAAUCACUACACAUGUUGGUCAGUUACUAAAAUUUUGUAUUUGGGAUUGCACGGUGCUAAGUGUGCACAGAACUUGAGCAUUGGCCAAAUUCCUGCCAUACAACUUUAGACUAAUAGCUGAACUGGAAACAUUCCAUUUUCAGGAACAGGGAUUUGAACUGCUUUCUUCAGAGAAUCAGUUUCUUUAUCGAACUGACUCUCUAGGAAUUCAUGUCCUUUUGCUACAGGAAAGACUUGACUUUGCAAAUAUAAUCUUGGAAAUAAAGUAUUGCAAGCAACAAUUACCCAUAACAUUUUUUCCUUUCCAUUUUUAAAAUAAGUAAAGCAUAAUGAAAUCCCAUUUCAAAAACAACAAAACAAAUCAGAAUAUUGCUCUAUUGUUAUGAAAAAAACAUUUUUCUAGUUAUUUGUUCAAUUUUUUUUAAAAAAGAGUGUUUUUACAAACUUGUUGGCAACAUAAAGUGUGUCUGGGUAUGAGGAUGUCCAAGCUACUCUCCUCAUCUGUAUGUGGGGUUAGUUCCAAAGGAAGUUAGAGGCACUCCAGUCCCACUGAAAUCAAUGUGAAACCCUAUUGCUUUCAGUGGUGCUCAGUAUGAAUGAUAGUCUGGAUCUAAUCCAUAAAUUCCCUUCACUUUCUGCAAUCUGCUUUUUUCCCUUUAGUCAUGGUAUUCAGUAAAUAAAAUAGUAAAAGUAUGCAUUAUCUUAGGAAUUAAAAUCUGUUUAUUUUAUACUAAGGAACCAAAAAUACUUGGAAGCUGUCCUAAGUUUUUAAAGGUCUUGAAAUCUGUCCUCUUCAGGAGAGAGGAAGUCUGCUUUGCUGGAUUGAGGGCAUAUCUACUGUGCAGUCUGGUAGAUAUAUGUUAGUGUGCUAAACUUCUUAUCUCUCACUGAAAUCAAGGAGACUUAAAUUAGCUAUGCAGGCUCCAGAUUGACAUAGUUAAAGAGCCAAAUCCUGGUCCUCAUGAGAGCGUGGACAAAAUUUACAUCCAGUAGAUCCAAAGUUCCCCUUCAAAUACCAUAGUUUAGAGACUAUAGCUAGUAGGGACAGUUGUGGAUUUCUGUCUCUGUGAGGGUGGCCCAGGGAAGGGGCCGGCAUUCCUGUAGCAUCCAAAGCUCCCUCAGCUGGCCACCCAAGGAAGAUUAGCACUGCACUGAUAGAUUUACAGUGUUUGAGAGGCGCUACAGUCUGUCUGCAUUGAAUUGUCUUCUCAGGGUGCCUUAUUUUCUACUUUAUUAAAGAGGGAGAAGAAUGUGUUUUGAAAUAAUUAAUCUGAAAUGUAUUUCUGUUCUUUCCAAUGCUAGUUUGUUAGUAAAAGUAAGUCAUCCUUACUCAGAAUGGUGUCACCGGCUCUUGACAAUGGCCUAAUGCAGCAGUUCCCACCUUUUUUUUGAGUCGUAACCCCAUUUCGUAGAGGCAAAGUGAUCCUAAUGCGAUGAUGAUGAUGAUGAUAAUAAUAAUAAUAAUAAUAAAUCUUUAUUUGUACCCCCACCACCAUCUCCCUGGGGGGACGGGGUGGCUCACAGAAGCACUAUAGUGCAACAUAUAAAUUAUAAUACAAACUAUACAGAUAACAUAAAUAUAAAAAACAACAAUACAUAUAAAAUCCCAGUAAAAAUUGUAAGAAUUGUAAGAAUUAUAAAAUUUCUUAAAAUGCAGUAGAACCUGCAAAUAAGCUGGCUAUCUGCAAAACAAGGUGUGACGUGGCAUAGCCGGUGGCUCAUCAGUCUGGCCAGAUUACACAGGCUCAAAGAUCUUUCUAAAGAGCCAUGUUUUUAAACUUCCAUUCAAGCAAAUACAGACAGUCCCCAAGUUAUAAACAAGAUUGGUUCUGUAAGUUCUUAAGUUGAAUUUGUACGUAAAUUGGAACAGGUAUUUUUAAGUGUAACUUCUGUGCCUGUUUCACCUCACUUUCUGUCGCUGUGAUGAUUGGAUUUUGAAAAAUGUGGCUUGUUGUGGAAACAAGAAUUGAUGAUAAAGCUUCAGUGGAGACAUCUUUCCCCCAUGAUAACUGUUUCAGGAGUGAAUUUCCCUUCCGAUGGGUAAAUUUUUCUCACUUCCUGUUGUCACACCCCCAUUCUAAGCUAUGAGUUGUAUGUAAAUUGGAUGUAUGUAACUCUGGUACUGCCUGUACUUUGCAACUUCUAUAGUGCAUGAAUGGAGCUCAGUGCUUGCUGACACACACACACACACUGCUACUGAGGACUGAAACUGAAGUAGCUAUUUGGACAACUAAACUAGAAAAACCCAAUAAUAUCCUUAUUUCCCAAUUGCUUAAAGAUGGUUGAGAGAUUAGAAGUCGUCCUGCAUUUAUCUCCUCUGUAUCUGUCUGAGAACCAGGUUGAAAUGCUUCUGGUGAAAAUUCUGUUUGUACAGAAAGAAUUGGCAGAAACAUUUAAGCUGACAUUCUUGCCUGCAAACAAACCUUGUUGAAACCAGAGGCUUUAACUUCUGAGUUUCUAAAUGCUAAAGCAAUCUAUCAUAUUCAACAGAACACUGUUUUGUCAUUUGUUUAUAUUUAUCUAAAUAGAGGUAAGCUAGAUUUUGGAGACAUACUCCUCAUCAAUUAUGUUUCUGUGAAUGUGCAAAUGCAGGCUGAGAAGUUACUUCUAAACUCAUUCCUACUACCCCUUACAUAUAGUUAUGAUUGAAAGCUUGAUGGACCAGUCCUAACAUAAUGAGAUCAAGGUGUCCUCAAAAACUGAAGUACAUGGAGAGUCAUCUAUUUACCCUGAGUGUUCCUGUGUACCAAUAAAAUUGUAAUACCCAUAGCAAUUUUACAAUCAGUUUGUACUUUUACUGUGACUUUUAUCUGCAGGGGAAGCCAGCAUGUUGUCAUGGUUUGAGUGUUGGACUACAUUUCUGGAGAUCAGUUUUUGAAUCCCCAUUUAGCCAUGAAAUCCCCUGGGUGAUCAUGGGCAAGUCACACACUCUCAGCCUUUUCCGAACACAUUUUGCCAAGAAACCCUGUGAUAGAGUCACUAUCGGUCGGAAAUGAUUGAAAGGGAUAUAACAAUGAAUGUAUUGUUGUAGACAUUUAAUUCUCUUGUUUAUUAUUGGUUUGUUGUUUUAUCCUUCUGUCAGCUGAAGCCGUCAAAAUGAAGGGAUCAAAUAGAGUUUAACCACAGCUGUCCAAUUGAAAUGAGUUUGUUUUGCUUGGUUUUUCACUCCUCUCUAAAUAUUACAUUUCUGUGUUGUUCUUAAAACAUGCCUUGGUUUCUGUGGCUUUUAAUUUUAAUCCCCGCCAUGCAGUACUGUAUAUGUGUGUGUGUGUGUGUGUGUGUGUAUUAUCACGAGAAACCAUGCAGAUAAUUCAGCCAUAUGAGCACUACUUUUCCAUCACAUCCUAACAGUUACAAAGCUUUCUCCAAGACUGCUUUGUGUAAUGAAAUCAUACUUUUUGUUAAAGGAAGAAUUUAGCCUGAGCUUUUCAGAUUAUGUUGCUCUAGCAACACAUAAAGAAUAGAGUAAACGUUAGACUAGGAAUCAGGCAACAAGCCAGGCUUAAUUGUCUACCACAAUCUGGAAGAAAGAUCCAGAUACUGGGCCUUGAGAAAGCUGCUUUUUGAGUAUUUGCACUUUUCCUUUACUCAAUGCAAUGAUGUAAUCCACAGAUAUAAAAGUAACUUGUUUACUAUGCAAUGUGUAGAAUUAAUAGAGCACGGAACAUAUACAUACAACAAAGAAUUGAACAUCAGUGAUGGGAAUGUCUCAUAGGAAGAGCUGUUUGUAUUUCAAGUAACAGGAAGAACAAUUGUUUGAUUACACUCAUUCUCCCACAGUGGUCUCUGACAUUUGCCUUCAGGUAUUUUGGAGUUCAAUUCCCAGAAGGCCCAGCCAACUUGGCCAACUGCUGGGAUGCUGGGAGCUGAAGACCAAACACCUGGAGGGCCAAAGGUUGAGAACCAAUGUAGGAGGAGACAGGAAAUAGCUUUUCUCCAGCAUUGAGAAUAAGGGAAUUAGUGUCAAGAAGCUUUUCAGUGACGGUUUGGUGGAUUGAUUUUAAGAAUAAGCUUUUUAGUUCAGUGGUUCUCAACCUGUGGGUCCUCAGGUGUUUUGGCCAACAACUCCCUGAAAUCUCAGCUGUUAGGAUUUCUGGGAGUUGAAGGCCAAAACAUCUGGGUACCCACAGGUUGAGAACCACUGUUUUAGUUGUUUGUGCCUUAGUCUCUCCACUCUCAAGAUGGCAAAUUCCUCUUUUUGGUAUCAUGAAAUACAGGUUUAAGUAUUAUACAAAUAAGUUAGAAAUCCGUCCACAGAUAAUAGGUUGAGCUGCAGUUGGGAAUGCAAAACUGGGGAAUUCCUGUGUGUGUACAUGCUUUCUGUGUGUGUGUGUGUGUCAGGAGUGACUUGAGAAACUGCAAGUCACUUCUGAUGUGAGAGAAUUGGCUGUCUGCAAGGACGUGCCCAGGGGACGCCCGAAUGUUUUGAUGUUUUAUCAUCCUUGUGGGAGGCUUCUCUCCUGUCCCCGCAUGGAGCUGGAGCUGAUAGAGGAAGCUCAUCCGCGCUCUCCCCGGGUGGGAUUCGAACCUGGCAGCCUUCAGGUCAGCAACCCAACCUUCAAGUCACAAGGCUUUAAUCCACUACGCCAUCAGGGGCUCCCGAUGGCGCAGCUGGUUAAACGGCUGAGCUGCUGAACUUGCUGACCAAAAGGUCAGUGGUUCAAAUUUGGGGAGCACAGUGAGCUUCCGCUGUUAGCUCCAGCUUCUGCCAACCUAGCAAUUUGAAAACAUGCAAAUGUGAGUAGAUCAAUAGGUACCACUUCAACAGGAAGUAUACAUGCUUAAGUAUACUCUUGAUGGCAGUCUGUGGCAGGUCUGAGAAUUUUAUUUCAAAAUUCUGGCAUAAUUUCAACUCCAGAAAUUGUAAUUUGAAAUUACUAUUUCUAAUGCUGUUAGCCUCAAUGACAGUAAGCCCAUCUAAUCAAUGGUUGAAUAGAGAGUCAUCAUAAAAUCCAGAUGAUUCAAUGGGCCUCCUUUACAUGGCAACAAUAAUAGGCCAUUAUAAUGAGACAUAUUUUUUUAGUAUUGUGUCCCGCCAAAUCAUUUCUGACUUCUGACGCAUCUAAGGGGGUUUUCUUUGCAAGAUUUGCUUAGAAGAGAUAUGCCUUUGCCUUCUUCUGAGUCUGAGAGAGUGUGAUUUGCCCAAGAUCAGCCAGUGGGUUUGAAUAGCUAAGUGGGGAUUUGAACCUUGGUCUCCAGAGUGCUCAAACCACUGCACCAUGCUCAUCUUUUACAUUUUUAACACAAUUCCUUUGCUCUUCUGCUCUAGAUAGUUGAACAAAGACUACUCCACUCCAAGGCUACCCAAACGUUACUCUUUUUCUAUUGUUCGUGUUAUGCUUUUUCCAAGAAUCACAAUCCUCUAAUCUUUGUAACUUUUAACUCAUAAUAUUGGCACUUUACUGUGAAUGUGAUAUAUUUUCUAAAGUUUAUGAUGCUAUUUUUGUUACGAUUGUGUAUUUGGAAGUAAAGAGAUUCUUUGAUUAGCCAAUCAUUUUGAGGGCAAAUUUUUUUGUAAGUAUCCAACAUCAGAGAGAAGGAUCUUUUUUCAUAGUGUCUCUUCCUGACUCUACAACUAUUAGUACCAUUUGUAAAUAAAGUUAUCUUCAACUUUA